AUGGAACAAAGCUUACGAUUGCAUUUUGCAGCCCGAAGAAGCAAUACUUACCCUUUGUCAGAAAACUCGGGAGAUGAUUUGGAUAGCAAUGUUCACAUGUGCUUCCAAAGACCGGCAUGGAUCUCAACAUCUAAUGUUCAAAUGAAGCUGACACCAAGGCAGAACGCCCUAACUCCAGUAGUAAAGGAAAGCGCAUCUGUUCCUUCACCUGAAAAUGUUCGUAAAAAGAGCAGCUGUCUACAGAUUUCACUGCAGCCGACAAGGUACAAUGGAUGUCUUCAGCCUAGCAAUGCCAUAGCCGCUGGUGAGGAUGCAUCAUUUCCUUGUGCCCUGAAGGAUGGCAUUUACAGCCGUGCGGUGGUGGAUAAUGAACUGAACGCUGUGAACGAUGGUAACCUUUUGAGCAAUUCUGCCGUAUGCAGUGGUAGCCUUAGUAAUUUUUCAACCAGUGAAAAUGAAUCUUACAGUAGCAACUGUAGUGACUAUGGGUCUUGUACAAGUAUCGCAAGUGGAGGUUCCUGUACCAAUAGUUUCAUCAGUGACAGCAGUGGUUAUACCUUCCCAUCAGUGGAUAACAGUUUUCUCAGUGGAAAUUCAUCUUCUGACAGCAUUUCCACGAGAAGUGUGCCAAGCAGGAUCACUACACCGUGUGAUUUUUUUUCAAGAAGUACACGCACAGUGCCAUUUGCCCAGGAUGACUUAGAACAUGGACUCGAGAUGAUGAAGUUGCCGGUAAGCAAGAACUCGAAAAUUCCACUGAAACGAUGUUCAUCCUUAGUCAUUUUUCCAAGGAGUCCUUCAAACACGCCACCCGUUUCUCCAACAAGUACAGCAGGUCCUUUUCCCAGCAAAGGAUCCUAUCAGACCUCGCACCAAUUUGUUAUUUCUUCUAGUGAAAUGGCCCACAGUGAAGACAGAACUGGCGCUAAGGGAUUUCUCUCAACAGCUGUUAAUGGCCUUCGGUUAUCCAAGACAACCUGUACAUCUGGAGAAGUAAGAUACCUACGCCCACUUCACAGGAAGGGCUCUUUGCAAAAGAAAAUUGCCCUUGCAAAUAAUAGUCCAAAGCAGGCUGUCUGCGAAAAGUCAGCCGACGGGAUUUCUUGUAUUUCACUGUGUUCCACCCAACCAAAAGCAAAUGCUUUAGGUGAUGAAAAAGCAAAUGGUGAACCAGAGAUGUCUGAGAUUAAGCUUCAUUCAAAUAUAGAACAUUUUAAACUUCAGCAUAGGACAACUGAAUGUCUGCCAUCCUCCCCAAAUGUAGAUUAUCGAAUAAAUAUCAGUGGAAAAUCAGAGAGUCCAAAUCCACAGAGUAACAGAAACCAUACUAUUUUGCGAAGAAGUAUUUCAUUGGGAGGGACUUCUCCAAGUGUUUCCUGUUUAUCCAGCCUUAAACACAAUUGUUCUAAGGGGGGACCAGCUCAAUUACUCAUAAAGUUUGCACCUGGAAAUGAGGGUAAAAUCAAUAAUUUCUCAGGAGAGAGGAACAGAGAUUGCACAAGUGAACUCUCUAAUUCUUUGAAGCAUUCUUGUAAGACAAGAGAUGAUUUCCUAGGUCAAGUGGAUGUUCCUCUUUACCCAUUACCGACAGAAAAUCCAAGAAUGGAGAGACCGUAUACAUUUAAGGAUUUUGUUCUUCAUCCAAGAAGUCACAAAUCAAGAGUUAAAGGUUAUCUGAGAUUAAAAAUGACCUAUUUACCUAAAACCAGUGGCUCAGAAGACGGUAACGCAGAACAGGCUGAGGAAUUAGAGCCUGACUGGGUUGUUUUGGACCAACCAGAUGCUGCUUGCCAUUUGCAGCAGCGGCAGCAAGAACCCUCCCCUCUACCUCCAGGAUGGGAAGAGAGGCAGGAUGUUCUUGGAAGAAUCUACUAUGUAAAUCAUGAAUCUAGAAGAACACAGUGGAAACGACCAACUGCUCAAAACAUCUUAACAGAUGCUGAGAAUGGUGACAUUCAGCUGCAAGCUCAGCGUGCCUUUACAACUAGACGACAGAUAUCUGAGGAAACAGAAAGUUUUGACAACCGAGAGCCUUCUGGGAGUUGGGAAGUUUUAAGAGAAGACGAAGUCACUGUGCGUAGAAAUCAGACCUUCCACUCACCUCCACCAUCAAGUAACUUGGAUCAGACUCAUCUUGCAGAAGGCUUGAAUGACAGACUCACUAUCUGUAGAAAUUCAGCCACCAGCCAGCCAGUAUCCAGUUCGAUUCAUUCCAGCAGAAGAGGCAGCUUACAAACCUAUAUCGUUGAGGAACAGCCUACACUUCCAGUGCUAUUGCCUACUUCAUCUGGAUUGCCACCAGGUUGGGAAGAAAAACAAGAUGAAAGAGGAAGAUCAUACUAUGUAGAUCAUAAUUCUAGAACUACCACCUGGACUAAACCUUCUCUGCAGGUCACAGUGGCGAGCAGGCAGUUCUCACCAGGACAGAGUUCUUCUGCGGGCCUGCACCCACCAGCCUCCUCACGAGAUGCCACCCAGCCGGGGACCCAAGUUUCUGAGGCUGAACAUGGCUUUCUCCCCAGAGGUUGGGAAGUCCAGCAUGCUGCAAAUGGAAGGCCUUUCUUUAUUGAUCACAAUACCAAGACCACUACCUGGGAAGAUCCAAGACUGAAAAUUCCAGCUCAACUGAGAGGAAGGACACCACUUGAUUCUUCAGAGGACUUGGGGCCCUUACCGCCAGGAUGGGAAGAAAGAACUCAUACAGAUGGAAGAAUCUUCUACAUAAAUCAUAACAUAAAAAGGACACAGUGGGAAGAUCCUCGGUUGGAGAAUGUUGCAAUAACUGGACCAGCAGUGCCCUACUCCAGGGAUUACAAAAGAAAGUAUGAAUUCUUCCGAAGAAAGUUGAAGAAGCAGAACGACAUUCCAAACAAAUUUGAAAUGAAACUUCGCCGUGUCACUGUUCUUGAGGACUCAUACAGGAGAAUCAUGGGUGUUAAGAGAGCAGAUUUCCUCAAGGCACGCCUGUGGAUAGAGUUUGACGGAGAGAAGGGCCUUGAUUAUGGAGGGGUCGCCAGAGAAUGGUUUUUCCUCCUCUCCAAAGAGAUGUUUAACCCUUAUUAUGGGUUAUUCGAAUAUUCUGCCACGGAUAAUUAUACCCUACAGAUAAAUCCAAAUUCUGGAUUAUGUAAUGAAGAUCACCUCUCAUACUUCAAGUUUAUUGGCCGGGUAGCUGGAAUGGCAGUAUAUCAUGGCAAACUGUUGGAUGGUUUUUUCAUCCGCCCAUUUUACAAAAUGAUGCUGCACAAACCAAUAACACUUCAUGAUAUGGAAUCAGUGGAUAGUGAAUAUUAUAAUUCAUUGAGGUGGAUUCUUGAAAAUGAUCCAACAGAAUUGGACCUCAGAUUUGUCAUAGAUGAAGAACUUUUUGGGCAGACACAUCAACAUGAGUUAAAAAAUGGUGGAUCAGAAAUCGUUGUCACCAAUAAAAACAAAAAGGAAUAUAUUUAUCUUGUGAUACAGUGGCGAUUUGUGAACCGAAUCCAGAAACAAAUGGCUGCCUUUAAAGAGGGAUUUUUUGAACUAAUACCACAAGAUCUCAUCAAAAUUUUUGACGAAAAUGAGUUAGAGCUUCUUAUGUGCGGACUGGGAGAUGUGGACGUGAACGACUGGAGAGAGCAUACCCAGUAUAAAAAUGGCUACAGUGUCAGUCACCAAGUCAUCCAGUGGUUUUGGAAGGCUGUCUUAAUGAUGGAUUCGGAGAAAAGAAUAAGAUUGCUCCAGUUUGUUACUGGCACGUCCCGGGUGCCUAUGAAUGGAUUUGCUGAGCUCUAUGGAUCAAAUGGACCGCAGUCAUUCACUGUUGAACAGUGGGGCUCUCCUGAAAAACUGCCUCGAGCCCAUACAUGCUUUAAUCGCUUGGACUUGCCGCCCUAUGAGUCAUUUGAAGAAUUAUGGGACAAGCUUCAGAUGGCAAUUGAGAACACUCAGGGUUUUGAUGGAGUUGAUUAAGUAACACCAUUGACAUAACAAUUAAUGGUGUUUCACUGCCACUUUUUUUUUUUUAAUAGAAGCAGUCUUGACUCAAAAGUUUCCAGGAAACUACCAAAACUUAACCAUUGGUUCUUCCCAGGCAUUAAAGAAAAGAAAAUAAAAACAUUAGAAGAAAUAGUGUGAUAGCUCUACUAUGAUGUCACUCACUUUUAAAUGAUGUGCUGUAUUUUCACAGUUGUUUUCACUCUCUUUCACGUGAUAGGACCUAAGUCCUGUGUGCUGAAAGAGUGAAUUUUGUUCUUAACAGUUACCUCUUUCAUAGUUGUGUGCCAGACAGUUCUUUCUUAAACUACUGAGAUUAUAACUGUGAAAUAUUUGUGGGAAGUAUCAUGUGUGAAAAGUUCUGAUGCUUUUUGAGAAAGAAAACAGAAAUUUGGGAAAGAAUACUUUAAUUUUGAGUAAACUACGCACUAUUUUGUACUGCCUUCGGCUAUUUAUUAUGUUGUAGACCUGCCUUGCACCUUAAAUCCCAGUUCUUUUUAAAAACCUUAAACUGUGUGUAGGCUGUAAUUUUAGCCGGCUGAAUCACUUGCAUAAACUUGUUUACGUCUUCAUCUUAAAAGUAUUUGACUUCCGUUAACGUGUAGUUUUACUCAACAAACUGGUUUGGAAGACAUGUGAAGUAAAUUUGACCUUACAAAGGGUGAAAAGUCUGAAGGCCUUCUUUUUGCCUGUAGAGCCUUAGGGUUCAUUAGUACCAUCAUCACCAUUUUUAUGUGUUAGUUUUGUUAAAGAAUUCCUUCUUUAAAACAUUAAAUGAAAGAUCCACCAAGCAAUAUUUUGAAAAUAUGCCUUGGAGAACAAAAAGUUAAAUGUGUAAUACUGCUUUUAUUGGUCAAUCUUUACACUUGCACAAUUGUUUAGUAAAAAUAUGUUUAC